UUUACUGGAAUUUGGGAUAGGCGCAGGUCAUCAUUCGUUAUACGAUAGUGUAUGUUGACAUCCUUUAUUAUGAAAUAUUUAUUUUGAAUAGAUUUGUUGCUCUCUAACAAAGUUUCUCUCACGUUAUAGAAAGUUUUAUUGGAAAAUUAUUUAUUUCUACUUGACUGCAUAUUAUUUUCAUAAGUGAUUAUCCAGAUGCAGUUGAUAAUUUUUGGCAAACUUGGAAAGUUCCUACUGCAAAUUAGGAAAGAUAAAUUAUGAUAAUCUUAUCUCUUGUUUUUGUUGAUUGAGACCUACUGCAUUCAACUUUAUCUCUAUUCCAUGUUCAAGAAGGAACCUACAAUCGGAUUCAAGCCGUUCUGAUUACUCUAGUCUUACUGCUACACUGCUACGGUCAGAUCCUCUUUCAAUUUAUUUUUAACAGAUAAAUUUCUUGAAAAUGAACAGCAGCAAUUAUUCUCGAAGGAAAUUGGAAACAGUUAUUGAAAGAGAAAUGCUGUCAAGCAGCGACAGUGCAGCUGAAGCAAGCAGCAGUGGAAGGCGCGGCCGGUCUGCUCGGCCCAACCCUCACCACACACAAAUUCAUUUUUUCCACAAACUCUACAACGACUUGCCCAUCGUAUCCACAUCUUUCGACUUGACAAGCAGUAUCUACAAAACUGUCAGGGGCUCGAACUGUAUUUCAAGUCGCAUGCUGAAGACAGCCGAGAGAACGGCAGACGCUUUGAAGAAUUCCACCAAUCCCAUAGUCAACGUUUUCAGGGGCCCAUUGAUGACUAUCGAUUUUUUGUUAUGUUCAACACUCGAUUUUGUGGAAGACAAGGUUCCUGCUAUCAAACAAACACCAACUGAGUUGUACGAGAACACGAAAUGGAUGGUAAAAUACGUGUGCUCGGGGCAGUGUGCAUUGGACUGCGUCUGUAGAACUUGUAAGCACAGCUUCAAUACAGCCUACCAACUCAAGAAUCUUGUUCUUUGCAAACCGAUUGAAGAAAGCAAGAAAGUUAGUGAAGGAAGAGCCCGAGCCCUGAGCCGUCUUAGAAGACGGCGUCAAAGGCGGCUUUAUCUGAACAUUCAAAAGUACCAACUGCCACGUCAAGACUGAAUUACUGGAAUUAAGCUGGAUUGAGACCUCGGCCACUGUAAACAAAAUAUUGUUUGUAUGAUUAAUAUUCAAUCUUCCAGUACGGUGCUCCUCAUAAGUUUCAAGCGUUUUAAUGUUUAUUUUUAAACAAUAUUUUAAUUGUUGUUGAAUUUUAUAGUCUAGAUUGUAAUUUUGGAUACGGUAUUUCUUGUUGGAAAAGUUUUAUUGUUUGUUGAAUUUUUUAAAUCAUAAUUCUUUUAACCAGAACUCUAUUUUUACAAUUAGAACAGCAAUUAUAAGCGUUUAAUACUUAGUAUGAUAGAUGGAAUUAUUCUUUAGCUACUACCUAUAAUAUCAUUAUAUAAAAGAAAAGUUUGAAUGAACAAUGUUUCUUUAGAAAAGAUAACAUAAUAGCUCAAAUAAUUGAAAAAAUGGCAAAAUGCUGAAUGAUUUUAAAUUAUGCCAUAUAAAUGUCAUAUACAGAGUUGUAAAAUAUAUGUACUGUUGAUAAUUAGUUUGAAUUUAUUCUCUGUAAAAAAUAUAUAUUUUAGUGAAGGAUUCGUGUUUGAUAUAAAUGUAUAAUGUUCCUCUGAAUAAAGUAUGUAGGCCUAUUGAUAUAUUCAUAAA